CGCGCAGGCGCCCGGCAGCCACACGUGAUACAACGGCACGUAAACAAAUGUAAGCCAGCCCGGCGUGCACGGCUCUAAUAUUUAAGUCCCUGUGGCAGCCCUGUCCCCCAAGCCCUAGUGCAGGACGUCCCGGGCUGGCGGGCUGGGCGUGUAGAGCGAGUCCCGUGCUGAGGCCAAGCCCGUGAGGAGGCCUGAGAGCAGGAGGCAUGUCUGGAAGCAGCAGUGGCUCCAGCAGCAGCAGCCCCCAGAAACGUGUGUACCUGGACUUCAAUGCCACCACCCCGCUGGCCCCGGAGGUGAUCCAGGCGGUAGAACAGAGCAUGCACGAAGCCUGGGGCAACCCAAGCUCAGACCAUGAAGAGGGUGCCAGGGCCAGAGCCGUCAUUAACCAGGCGCGGGAUGACGUGGCCCGCAUGAUUGGGGCCAUGCCGCAAGAUGUGCUUUUCAUGUCUGGCGGAACGGAGGCUAACAAUGUUGUUCUUCACUGUGCUGUGACACACUUCCGCAAGUGGUGCCUCUCCCAGGACAGCCCCAUCUACCACCACCUGCGGCCACACAUCAUCACCACCAAGGUGGAGCACGAUGCCAUCAAGCUGCCCCUCACCCAUAGAUAUGCUAUCGAGGCAGAUGUAACUUACCUGGGGGUGGAAAACCUUCCUGAAGCCGUGCUGGAGUCCAUCCGGCCCUCCACCUGCCUCAUCACCGUCAUGCUGGCCAACAACGAGACUGGCAUCAUGUUCUCCGUGGCCCACAUCGGCAGGUUAUUAGCUGAGGUCAACAAGAAGAGAGAAAAUGAGGGCUUGUUCAAGGUCCUCCUCCAUACAGACGCAGCGCAGGCCAUCGGGAAAGUUCCAGUUGAUGUCACGGACCUCAACAUUGACUACUUGACUAUAGUUGGACACAAGUACUAUGGACCCCGGAUUGGUGCUCUUUACAUCCGAGGCCUUGGUCACAAGACUCCAGUUUACCCACUGUUCUACGGUGGCGGGCAGGAGCGGGGUUACCGUCCAGGCACAGAGAACACCCCCAUGAUUGCUGGGCUGGGCCGCGCAUCACUGCUCGUCCACAACAAUGUUCAGGACUAUUACAGCUCCAUGAAGAAGACAAGAAACUACAUGGAAAGGCAACUAAAGAAAGUGUUUGGCAAUCAAGUCAAGAUCAACUGUGUGGAUCCAUGCAUACCGCUGGACCCUGAAGCGUGUUCCGUGCCGCCCCGCGGACCAAAGCAGCAACACUUUAUCUUCCCGAGACUCCCGAACACCUCCUCUGUCUCCUUCUACUAUAGACAGGUCUCUGGACCUGAAAUUUUGAGGCACUGCCGACUGGUGCAGGCCAGCUGUGGGGCUGCUUGCCAUGCCCACACUGAGAACCAAAGUAUUCUUGAGGCAUCCGGCGUGUGCUCCUUCCACGCCUCCCGCACCAUACGCCUCAGCCUGGGCCGAGACACCACCAUGGAGGAAAUUGAUUUGGCCAUUCAGGAUGUCAAGCAGGCUAUUGAAAAGCUGAUUGGACGGUCAGUAUAAUCAACGCUGUAAAUGUUCAGUCAUCUGCAAGUUACAUGAUCUCCCUUUCAAAAGGUAUGACAAACCACACCCCACUAGCAUGGUAUGAGCAGGCUGACAGGGGUGAACACAUCCCCUCAACUGUUUUAUGAUUUCAGUUAUGGUAACAGACAUUGUUUUCUAAUAGAUUUUUCCUCUAAAUUCAUCACCACAAAUGUUUUAGAGGUUGACAUCUACUUUUUGAUGCCUAUUUAGAUGUGAGUUUUUCACAAUAGCUUUUGUUUCUUUCACUUUUGAUAAAAGUGUCGUGAUUGGGUACUUGAUUGCCCUUCAUUGAAAUUACCAUACUGAAUAGCCUGAAAAGGACUGAAGAAGCCUCCCAAGUGGUUGGGAACUACCUUGAAAAUGAAUGAUCUCAAUAGGAUAUUGCAGAGGUUAUUGAUAUCCAUUAGUUCCAGUUUGCAUGACAAGGUGUCUCCGAAAGACAGGUGUGUACUUAAAAGAAGAUUCAGGGCUAUUUAGUACACAGAUGGGUGAGUUGUCAUGCAGUAACCUUGGCAGUCUGCACACCAGGAACAACCAGGAUGGCAUUUAUAUAUGAAUGUGUAGGUUGCAUGAUAGUUCAUUCAGUGCAUCAAAUGUACUGAAACAAAAUGUGUGUGCAUGUCUAUACAUGUACACACAUGCUGCAUGCAUGCAUAAAUGUAGGUUCACACAUGCAUACAUGUGAAUGUGUGCUCGUGUACACACACGUACGUACGCGAGUAUGAAGAUGAUUGUGGCACCCAGAGGGCAAGGGAUGCCCCUGCUGUGGCCACGCCCGGGGUGGAGAUGGAGGUGUGGACGGGGAGAGAGGCUGAUGGAUUGUGGCCCCAGUGAUUGGACUGUGAUAGGUUGGUUUUCCUGAGUUCCAGGGCUGUGCGGGCUUGGGCAGCAGUAGCCUCACCUCGUAUAUUCACCGCAUUCUAAAGAUCUUGAGAGAUGUGCUUUCAUUCUGAUUUGAAAGAUUGUUUGAGAGUGUAGUACUAUAACGAUUUAAACGGAUUUUAUUUUAUUAUUGUUUUAUUUAUUUAUUUAUAUAAUACUUUUUAGUAAAGUAUUAGUUGGUGGAAAGAUUUAUUUAUUUGUAAUAAUGUUUGUAAUUAAAUACUUUCAGCCAUAGGCUUGUAUAUUGAAACUCUUAUUUAUGUCAGAAGGCAGUGCAAAGCAUUGGUUUGAUAAUAUAGAAAUUAUUUUGUUGAAAGUAAACAUUUAUUUAUAGCAGUUAUGGAUAUUAGGUGUCGUGGACAUGAGAUAUUCAUGUUAGCCGCUGUUCAACAUGCAGGGUGCAGCAGUGGCAAGGCAUAAAUUGAUAUUGUCUUAGGUAAAUUUUAAUGAUUGAUCAAAUUUUAUUUUGUUAAUAUUAAUGAAGGAAAAUUAAAAGUUGUUUGUUAGGUGAUGAUCACAGAACCUACGAGAAGUAUGUUUUAUACUUUUAAAAAAAUAGGCUUACUUCAAAUUUUAGGAUCUAUAAUAUUUGGAAGUGGAAAAAUUUGAAAAAAAAAAAAUAUACAUUCCUAAAAUGUUAUCCUAGAAGCUAGUGGCAUAAUGCUGCCAGCAUCCAUUCAUGGCAUUUAGAACACUUGGACCAGCCAGGACAGUACCUGUGGCACGAGGCGACCAGUGGAUCACAGGUGCGCCCAGACCACAGAAAAUGGCCUGGAAUCAGUUUGAACCUUUGAGAAUCAACACCCCUCAUAGCAGAUCACUUCUUUUUGAGCUGUCUUCAUCAUGUUAUCCCAUUUUCUAUUGGCAGGAUGGAGACUAGAAAAGGUCUCAAGCCAGAACAAAUUAAAAAAAAUGUGAGAAUAAAUAAAAAGCACUGAAGUCAGGAAAGAACACACUGACCUGUGAACUGUGAUAGCCAGCAAGGCCAUCCAGACCCCUGCCGGCACUAUGACCCACAAACCCAUGACCGUAUCUUCAUAAGGUGUGACUGAGUGGUGGAAAUUGUCUGCAUUAAGCCUGAGAUGUGCAAAACUAUCACAGUAUCCUCAUAACGGUUUACCUAAUUAAUUUUGGAUUGGUGACUGCUUUAUUUGUGUGUUUUUUCCUUUUGAAAAGGGUGCCCAUUAUGAGGACAACAUACAUUAAAUAUUUUUUUGUUAAGUCCAGGAAAAGGCCUGCCAUGGGUCACUUUGUUGCCACAGAUACUGUUCUAGUGGCCAUAAUCAGGAAAGGAUUUAUUAAUAAUUUAAUUUAAUAUGUGGAAAAUCUUUUUUAUAGUUUAAAAGAUGCCACUUUAAUCAUUUUUUAUGGUGGAGUCUGGCUGACGGGAGGCAGCAGGGCUGUCCAUUAUUCCCUCCUGGGGCCAAGGUGCGCUGCUGUCGGAAGUGGCAGAAAGACAUCCACGUGGGAAACAGUUUUGAUAAAUGAUCAUUUAUAAAAUUGUGUUGGGAUAUGUGAACAUUUACUUUAAGUAUAGUGAUGCUAAAAUAGCAAUAGUUAUGUAAAUUUAGAAUUUAUCAUAAAACUGCCAUUAGGUAUUAACUUUUACAGCCGUUUCUUUAGUAAACUUAAGAUAAAUGUGCAACACUAGUGUGACAGUUCUCCAAACCAGACGUGAAACCUUUUGUAAGACUAACGUAGGAUGCUGCCAUGACUGUGGCAUCAGCUAGUAAGUAAUUCACAAAGAAUCACAGGAGUGUCACAUUCAUGAAAACAUGUGCUCAAGCAAUUUGAGAAGCUAUGUAACUAGUGCCGGAGCUUAUUCCAUGUUUUCUGCUGGAAUGACUUGCACCUCUGCUUGUAUAGCGCUUUCCUUGUGAUUUCCUUUAGUCAGCGUGGGCUCUUUGGACAGAAACCAUCCAACAAGAUUGUCGCUGCACAAAUGGCGUGUCACAUUGUACCAUCAUCCAGAAAGUAGUGGAAUUUUAUCCAUAUCUUUAAAAACAAGUACCUGUAAGAGUUAGAAAGUUCAUUCCUCAUCUUUUCUAUUACCUAAAAACUAAAUCUGUCUUGGAUUUCACUACAUUACAUUUAGCUUAUAAAAUAAUUUGCCCAUGUAAGCUGUUUAAUGUCAUGGCUUGUUGAAAGAAGAUAUUUUUGUAAUGACUAUUCUCAGUGUCUUCAAGUGUGUAGAAAUAUGCUGCUUAAUUGUGAUAGUUUUCUAGUAGAUGUACUUGCUUGGAGCAGUAAGUAGUAGUAGUAGUCCUUUGAAAACGAACACCAUUGUGUCCAGCUUGUUACUGUGUCCGUCAAUGAAUGUUUUGAUGUAACAAAAAUCUUGGAAUAUACUCUGUAAGUUUUAUAUAAUUAUGAGCUUGUAAUAUUUGAGAGACAAUGGUGUUUAGUGCCAGGACUGAACUCUGGCGGUAAGGGCCAGCAGCAUCAUGCCCGUGGCAGUGUCCAGAGUUGUCAGAGCUGUGAUUGAUUGUUGGUUCAGUCUUCCAGUUUGUCAAGGAGCAGGCUGUUUCGAGGUCUUGCGAUGCACCUCACAGUAACACCUACAUGCAGACAUGCAAUGCACAUCACACACAAAAACUGCACAGUCAGGGUAGAAAGGCUUGAAAUAUUGGAUGAUAUGACAUUCAUUGAUGUUUUUUAUACAGUUAUGCUACCAGUUUACUGGCAGCUGAUGUGGCAUCUUCUUUAGUUUGAACAAAAUUAUAAAAGGGAGCUUGAAAUUCCCUCAACCACCAACUCUGUGUCCAUGAAGGGCCUUGUGUGUAGCCUACACCUCUAGGGUUGUUUACACAGCACAGCUUGGUGGUGAUCCUUCAAUUUUGUGAGAUUCCAAGGAGCUGCCUUGUAUAGGUCUACUGGCCUCCGCAUACUCCUGUUCUUUUGUUCUUAGUUCUCACAUAUAACCCUGACUAUGGCUUUCUUAGAGGGAUACAGGUGUUAAUGGAAUGGUGAUGUCAAAUGUAAACUUCAUUUCAAAUCAAUUCCCACAAACAAUUGAACUGUUGAAAAAAAAUGGACAGUGGUGUUUCAGUGCUUACACUGUGUGACAAUUCUAGCAGCCAUGGCCAUGGUGCUUUACGGGACAGGAGGAGUGUAAUUACUGGGUCAGCAGCCUGUUGUGUUAUUACUGUGUGACCUUACCUGGUCUGGCAAAAUUGUUAAUCCAGCAAGGCCUCGCAACCAAGGGACCCGUUAAAAUGGUGGUGUACUGGUAGUUUUAGGAAAACAUGUCAAAAUAUGUAAGUUACCUUAUUCAGGGAAUCAAAAUACAAAAAGUCCACUUCCACAAGUUGGAGACCCUCUAAGUAAGGCCCUAAAUCAGGCUGCCUUGAAUUGGAAGCCUUCAAACAUUGAGCCAGUAUGACGGGAAUUUCACGGCCGCCGGCAGUCACAGCCAGGUUGCACAGCUGGUGGAGUGCCUGCUGUCACCUGCCUACAGCCUCCUGCACCCUCCAGGUUUUUAGCUUACCAAGUUCCUAUAGAUGCAAAGAAGGGUUAGGGGUUCCUGAAUGCCUACAGUAAAAAAAGAGUUGAAGUACAGUGCUCACUAACGUUUUGAUUGUAAUUGCUACCAAGAUGAGAAGUUGCAAAAUAUUAAGUGAAUAACUGAUAAGCAAAAAUACAGUUGCCUCAAAGCAAGCAGACUUGGACCAAUUUCUUACUCAUAAUUUCUUUUUUCUCAACUCAGUACACUUGUUUUAUGCUUCCCGUGUGAGGGCAGUCUGGAUGUUCACCACCACCUCCAACAAUUGAUUCUGACACUAUGUAUUCAGAAGGAUUCAGCAAGGAGUAGAAAUCUCUAAAAAACAUGCCUGGUAGCAGAAAGAGAGAAGGUUGAGAAUAUUAACAAACUUGACAGACAGCAGCUGAACAUUGGGCUACAGUGAUCAGGUCUGUCCGGCUGCUUCCAAACUUGGUGCUGCCUCUUGUGCUCACGGUAUUUGAAGACUUAAGAGGUUUUCAGUAAAGAACAGUUUUGUCUGCAUUGUUUAGUGCCACCAAAUGUCACGGCAACUCAUCACCAUCCAUCGCCUUGUCCUCCUUGACCCCUUAACCCCUUCACACAUCGGCGUCACGGAUGGAUAGGGUUAAACUGCUCCCCGGUGAAUGGGACUCAAAUAACAGUCAAGCAGCUCUAUUGACCACAGCUGCACUUAGGGAACAUUUAGUGCAGCGCUAGAGAAAGCACACACUCGCGGCGUUACACAAAUUGACCUAAAAGCUUGUGUCAAAAUGCAUCAUGAGAUUCUAAAACUGAUCAUCUGUCAAAAAAUGGGACAAUUGUUUUAUAUAAUACCCCCGGAUACUGUAGCCCAUACAUGCUCUUUACAUAAGGUGGGAUUGCUCCUCUGUCUCAUGCAAACCGAUUUUUUCUAUCAAAUCUGUCUACUUCCUUCAUUGCCCCGGCCACUUCAGCCAUGUCACCUCCCAACACCAGAAGUAAUGAGGAAGAGAAAUACACAUUAAUACCAUACAUAUGUGUGAUGGGGAAAAAAGAAAAGUCUAAAUUAUCACAUAGCCUAUUGAUAAUAUUAACUCGGUAGCAGCGGGGAUCAUGUUUCUUAAAGGUCCCUCCAAGCAAGCAAAAUGAGAAAAAAAUCACCCCUCACACAAACCAUUUCAUAAUAUAAAUCAAAGCAUUUGUGAUCAGAUUGUGUAUCAUCUAUUUUGGGGGGUUUAUAUCAUGGCACAAAUUUGGCCCGUCGCUGUUACACGGUAAAGCCACAAAUUUGGCCCGUCGCUGUUACACGGUAAAGCCACAAAUUUGGCCCGUCGCUGUUACAUGGUAAAGCCACAAAUUUGGCCCGUCGCUGGUACACGGUAAAGCCACAAAUUUGGCCCGUCGCUGGUACACGGUAAAGCCACAAAUUUGGCCCGUCGCUGUUACACGGUAAAGCCACAAAUUUGGCCCGUCACUGCUACCAGGUUAAUAGGACACAUGAAAAACUUCUACAUUUGUAUGGGAAAUCCAUUUUCCAAACAACUUCUAAUAAUGUAAGGCUGUAGACAGAAUCAGAUGCCUCAAAAGUGUGUGCUUGAUGAAGGAUUUAUCUGAUAACCUUUAUCAAAACAUUAGACUGAAGCAAUUUUGUAGAAAUAUAAAUAGUGAGAAUGUCUCUCCUAGUUCGUUAUGUCUGCCUGACUGCUGCACAUUACACACAAUCAGCAUCAUAUUUUUAUUACUUUUCCUGCUCAGCACUCAGUCAGCACAAUUGCCUGUUAUGGAGACUCCUUGCUGACAUUCCUAAUGAAUACAUUUUCUUUCUGACAUGACUUUUGUGAGAAGGAUGGAUUAGCUUCAAUGUGUAGCCCAUCAGUCCCAUAUAUUUUUGCUAUCACCAUGCAGACACUUAACAAAGGAUUUAUUUUUUUGUGUCAAAGAAUUAAAGUUUUCAUAUAUUUUUUUCAAAUCAAAUUACUGACAAGAUUACAUUGUUAAGGUUUGACAGACUGGCAGGCUAGUUAUGCAGCUGUGGGCGGCCACGUGUCACAAGUGGUACUGUUGGUGUAUGCACACAGCGGUAUUAUUUGUCAUUACCAAGGAAAGACUUUAAAAUGAAGUGAAAUUUCAGAAUGAUGCCCCGUAACCUGUCUUGCAUAACUUGUGUGAUGAAACUAAAAGCAUUGUCGUGUUCAAGUCAUUUUGUCUUUAUUUUCACAUCGUGAUUAUGAUGAGCAUUAGAAAACAAAGUGAAAGCCAUUUUUAUACAAGUCACAUCUAAUAUCAUUUACCUACAAUUAGCUCCUAAAGAAGUGUUAUGCAUCUUCUUUAGUAUGAGUUAAAAUUUCUUUUAACUAAAAUAGAAUUUAUAACCAAGCUGAUCAUUCUGCAAGUACUAUUUAUUAUGUGCUUCAUGUGCUAAAGGCAGGAAUGAAUUGUUUGAGCAAACUGCAGUUGGUAAUCCACCUUGAGUGAGGAUGUUUUAGUUGUGUGUCUGCAAGCUUUGGCCUUGAAGGUUAGGAAGGCAAUGUUUUCAUCCCUGUCUAGUGUGUGUUUAUAUGUCCCUGUUUUACAUCCUGGUGACUUAACACAACACCAAGAACCAAACAGGUCUUGACUAGAGAAGGUGCUUUUAAAGCUUCUGUGUUCAGCAAAUGUGAAGUAAUUGCCAAUGAUUGCCCAAAGCACAUUUGGAAUAUCAUGUGGUACUUAUAUUAUUUAUGGUUCAGCAUUCCAUCCAUAGUAUUCCUUGCCACUCAAAAGGAAGGUAUUCUUUUAAGUGUGUGAUGGUGCCUCAUUGAUUUCUGAAAUCUUAAAGGAUUGUAAUAUUAAGGGUUGAGAACACUGAUGUUGCAAUUUCCUGUGCCUCUCAUUUUUAAGUUUUCAUAAAUUUGCCCCCAGAGAAAGUUUAAAAACUGAAGCUUUCAUUUAUUUAUUCCCACAAUUAUUGUAACUAGUUGCUGUUGAAUCUGUAUUUAAAAAAAAAUCAUAUGGGCACUUCAUAUUGACAGUAACAAACCUUUCUAAAACGUGAUUCAUCUUUGGUUAAUUGUAUUUAACAUACCUGUCGUCACCUUUUAUGCUAUAGUCCACCGUAAAUAUGAAGUCAGUUUAGGUGGGGCCCAAACCUCUUCACAGCGCUGCUGCAUUACCCCCAACACGUCACUCUCUCCCUUGUAUGUUAUCUAAGUACUAUUUGAAAUUGUGUAUCAGAUAUUCUGUGAGCUUUAAAUAAGAUAUGGCAGCGCUAUGGCCAGGGAACUCUCUGAGCGGGCCCCGUCCAAACUGACCUCACAGCUGUCGGACCAUAGUCAUGCUAACAGACUCCACACCUGAGUAUGGUGUAUUAUGUGGAGAAAGGGCAACAUUUGCACAACAAAUUGAGUCAGAGUAAACUUCACCCUUAAUAAGAUUUUCAGAAGGCAGAGGAGUCAGUUUUGUGAAGCUGCUUAUUGCUAGUAGAUGACCGUCUCAUGACAAGUAGAAGUUUCCCCACUAUGUAUAGUAUUUCAUAAAAGUAAGAGCAAUAAAAAAAUCAUUUUAAUAUCAAACAAAGCAUUGUCAAACAUCAGUAUAGUAUACAUUAAAUACAGUUAAGAUUUGCAUUACCAUCAUAUUUGUAUUUGUCCAUACAAAUAAGUUAUAUCAGAAUUUAGAUUCUAACAAUGUGUAGUGUGUAUAAAAUGAGUGAGCUGUGAUUGAAUGGAAGGUCAAGUGUUGGUGCUACAGUAAUGUGUUCAUCUGUGUUGUGUGAGUCACAUGACAUCUGAAGGUGCUGGUCAAGAUCCUUCCCGUCUUGAUGGAAAGUGUCAACUACUACUUGUUGAGGAAGUGUUUGGUACUAUACAGACAGAAAAAAGUUGUUAUUAGUGAUACAUUUUGUGGAGAUAAGAUUUUGUAUGUUUUGUAAUUUUUUAUAGCAUUUUGUUACAUCAAAAUCAGCUUCCUCCAAGAUGUAGAGUUAAUAAAUGAGGACAUUCCAAGCAUCAUGGUGCCAGAGCACCCUAAACAAGUGCUAGAUUGUUUACAGAUUGUUAUAGUUUGUGGUGCCCCACUGACCAAUGUGCUCCUUGUUCAGAAUGACAGCUGAAUUGGGCCAGAUUAUUAUUAUUAUUGUUAUUAUUAUCAUUGACAUAAGGAACUGUCGGCCCCAUCACAUAGCACCUUCAUGGUGUAGAUAACCUAUUGCCCUACAGUGAUGCAGGGAGUUGAAGGUUGGGAUGAGAAUCUCACCAUCUGCCAUCCUUCCCCUCAUGGCUGGAGCCUUGAAAGUAGGCCCGGACUGUUCGAAGGUCUGGUGAGGCACGUGUAACUGAAUGGCUGGGUCUGUGGAAUGUUAAAUGGUGUGUGUGUGUGUGUGUGUGUGUGUGCGCGUGCCUGGGAGUGAUGGCAGGGUCAGUUUUACCUGGCACCUUGAAUAGAUAGAACUGAGUGUUCUGUCACUCAAUGUCUGUGGCCCUUGUCCCAUUUCAUGCAGGAAAUGGGAUUAUCAUUAUUAUGAUUGGUUAUUAUUAUUACAAUUAUUGUUACUGAUAACAUCUUAUAUAAUUGUCUAUUUGACUUGUAUUACUUGUGUUCUGCAUAAUUUGCACAAAAGUGCUUUUUCUUUCAUGUGAAUAAUAUUUUUGUUUUCUGAAGUCCUCAGUACAAGAGCUCAUAUUCUUGUAGAUCUUUGUUCAUUGUCAUUUUGGUCAGUGGGGUGCGUGGAGUUGCUAGUCUGUGGGGUGAGUGGGUGUUGAGAACGCCCUGGAGCACCGGGCCCGUCCCAGGCCAACAUUUGGCUGGCUUCAACAACACCAGUAAUUUUCUGUUGCACUGCUGAAUGCUGGUCUGGACCUGGGCAACUGUCUCAUAUUAGUUAUGGGACACUAAACUGUUGUAGUUGUAAUGCUAAAUAAAGCAAUCAGUGUAA